AAACCUCCGGUCGCGUGCUUGAAGUCACUUGAUUGUGUAGGAGCUCACAGAGUAUUAUGCGCGCGCUAACCAUGCUAAUCUUUGGCUCCCUGUUAUUAACAGUUACCGUUUGUAACGGCUGGGUGUCUGAUCGGUUUGGUGAGAGAUAUCAGGAGACGGACGACGUCUCGCUUUGGCCGCUGCCACAGAAAUAUCAGACGACUUCGAGUGCAUUCAAACUCAGCGCUUCCAGUUUCCAAAUCGUUCAUGCUAAAGACUCGACCGCGGGUCCGAGCUGCAGUCUGCUCCAAAAUGCCUUCCGCAGAUAUUUUAAAUACAUCUUUGAUUAUGUGAAGAAGCACAAUGCAGACCAAGAAAAAGUGUUGGACGCUGAGCUGACUGAGCUUCAGGUGCAGAUCACAUCUACUGACCCGGAGUGUGACGGCUAUCCGAGUCUAAAAACAGAUGAAUCCUAUCAGCUUUCAGUGAACCAACCCACAGCUGUUCUGAAGGCCUCAAAUGUGUGGGGAGCAUUGAGAGGACUUGAGACCUUCAGCCAGCUGGUGUAUGAAGAUGAUUAUGGAGUUACUACAAUCAAUAAGACAGAUGUGUCUGACUUCCCUCGCUUUGCUCAUCGAGGCAUCCUGCUGGACACAUCUCGUCACUUCCUGCCACUCAAAGUCAUUUUGGCCAAUUUGGAAGCCAUGGCAAUCAACAAGUUAAACGUUUUCCACUGGCACAUUGUGGAUGAUCCAUCCUUUCCCUUCUUCAGUCGGACCUUCCCUGACCUCAGUCAGCGCGGAGCCUUUCAUCCGUACACACAUGUGUACACACCGGCUGAUGUGAAAAUGGUGAUCGAGUUUGCUCGUAUGCGAGGGAUUCGAGUCAUUGCCGAGUUAGACACUCCAGGCCACACCCAGUCAUGGGGGAAAGGUCAGGCGAAUCUUUUGACCCCAUGCUACGCAGGCAGCACUCCUUCAGGUACCUUCGGUCCUGUGAACCCCAUCCUCAACUCCACGUACGAGUUUAUGACCAGCUUCUUUAAGGAAAUCAGCAGUGUCUUCCCUGACGCUUAUGUCCACCUUGGGGGUGACGAGGUCGAUUUCUCCUGCUGGAAGUCAAACCCUGAUAUUCAAAAAUUUAUGGAGCAGCAAGGCUUUGGCCAAGACUACAGCAAACUAGAAUCCUACUACAUUCAAAGGCUCCUUGACAUUGUAAAAGCCACCAAUAAGGGCUACAUGGUCUGGCAAGAGGUCUUUGACAAUGGUGUUAAGCUGAAAGCAGACACACAGAUCCAUGUGUGGAAGGAGAAGCCAGACUACAACAGUGAGAUGGCCAAGAUAACUGCAGCUGGGUUUCAUGCCCUACUUUCUACUCCCUGGUACCUGAACCGCAUCAGCUAUGGCCAAGACUGGCAAGGCAUUUACAAGGCUGACCCUCAGAGUUUCAAUGGCACAGCAGAGCAGAAGAAGCUUGUGAUUGGUGGGGAGGCAUGUCUUUGGGGAGAGUUUGUGGAUGCUACCAACCUCACUCCACGUCUAUGGCCACGAGCCAGCGCUGUAGCUGAAAGGUUGUGGAGCGAUGAAAAUGUGAAGGACGUCGGCAGUGCCUACAAACGUCUGAUCAAACAUCGCUGCCGCAUGCUCAGGAGAGGCAUCCCUGCAGAGCCGCUGUUUGUGGGCUUUUGUCCACAUGAAUAUGACGGCCUGUGAGCUCCAGAAGACUGAAUUCCUACCAUUUAUAUAAUUCCACAAGAACAUGCUGAUCAGGAAUAUAUUUCUGCAUGCACUUUUUUCACAGUUGAAAUUAACAUAGCUGAUUUAUCACUAUUUUCUGGUUUUAAUUUUGGGUUUAUAUACCAACAAUGUUUAAUGGAUCAUGUGAAUAGGUUUUAUGAAAAUGCAGAUCUGCUGUAUGUGUACUUACUUUAAAGAUUUGACUUGAGACUUAAGAAUUGUUGUAUUUUAAUGUGCACUUUUUUUAUAUGACUCGGUCACAUAAGCAAGUGGAACAAGUCUCUGUUCAGAAAAUGAAUAAAUAAAAGUGGAAAUCAGUUCAUAAAGAAAAUGCA